UUUUGAAAAUUUCAUUUUCAUAAGUGAGUGGAGCAAAAACUGAAAACCGAAAAGGAAAAGAAGGAGAGAGCAAAAAAGAUCAAAACUUUGAGCGCUAAACUCUAUCCUCAUAUCAACCAAAGAAAUCAAAAAUGGAGUUUGCGAUGGGGAGCUGUUGCUUCUUACACUCUCCCCUCACCCCAUCUCGAUUCCCUCUCUCUUCUUCUUGUCACCCCAAAACCAGAAAUGCAGGACGAAGCAGAAGCAGAAGCAGAAGAAGAAGAGACAGAACGACAAGUGUGGCAAUGUCGUCUCUGGGCCAAGACGACCCCAACGACGGCGAUCAUGGCAAGAGGAGGGCUAUUCUCUUUGUGGGUAUCACUGUUCUUCCUCUCUUGCAACUCAAGGCUCAUGCCUUUGAACCCCUGGAAGCCUUGCCCACUAAAGAAAGUGAGCCAAAUACUCUAGACAGUAACAUAAAAGCAGAGAAUGGACAGCAAGGAGAUGCACCAAAUCCCAUUUUGUCUAUCCUGAAUGGUAUUGGUAUUUUCAGCUCUGGUGUCAUCGGGGCUUUUUAUGGAUUGGCUCAGAAAGAAAAGGAAGCUGCAGAUGCAAUAGUAGAAUCUAUGAAGAACCGGCUGAAAGAAAAGGAAGCUGCUAUCGUUUCACUGGAGAAGAGCUUUGAAUCAAAGCUGCUCAGUGAGCAGGAAGAAAAGAGAAAGCAACUUGGAAAAGCAAUGGAAGAGCAGAUGUCUCUAACAGACCAACUAAAUUCAGCGAAAAGUACUAUUGUGGGCUUAGGGAAGGAGCUAAAUGGUGAGAAGAAGUUGAUUGAGGAGCUCAAAAUUCGAAGUCAAGGCCUUCAAAUAAACCUUUCAAAGGCCAUCGAAGAUAAGGUAGAGCUUGAAGAAAGUUUGAAGGAAAAGGUUCACUCAAUUGAAGAUUUGCAGGGAAAGAUUAGUUCACUCAAUUUGGAACUGAGGGACAGAGACAGUAAUGUUCGAAGCCUUAGCUCUUCUCUUGCUGAGAAGGAUUUGGAGUUGAAGAACUUAAAAACUACCUACAAGAAAACUAAGGAUGAAUUAGCUCGUGCAGCUUCAGAUAUUCAACAAUUAAAAGUUGAACUCCUGAAGAAUCAAAAGGAAUUAGAAUUGAAGAGAUCUACAGUGAAUGAAUUGAAUUCGACAGUGAUUUCUUUGACGUCUGAGAAAGAUGAAUUUAAGAGGAAGGUUGAUACUAUUCAAGAGGAAUGCAAUAAUCUGAAAUCAUCCUCUGGAAAACAGGCAGCUGCGGAUGCUAAGCUUUUGGGAGAAAAAGAUGAGGAACUUCAGCAGCUAAAGAGAAAACUUGAAUUUGCAGCGACUGACUCAAGUAGAAACAAACAGAUAAUUUCUGAUUUGACCCGAGAAAAGGAGACCUUGAGAGAAUUGCUGGAUAAAGCACUCAACAGUGAAGAGAACUUGAAACAUGAACUCCACAUCACUCUGGAAGCUCUUGGAAAAUCUAGAACUGAAGCUUCAAAUCUGGAAGAUCAAUUAAAACAGUCGAGAAAUUUGUGUACAGAACUUGAAGCUGAGAUCUCCCGUGUUCAGGCUGAGUUUACCGGAGUUAGGGAAUCACUGGAGAGGAGCCUUGAUGAGGCAACAUCAAGUGGUGACGCAAUUGCCACUGAGCUUUCUGCAGUAAAAGAACUUCUAAAGAAGACAGAAGAAGAGCUGCAAAUUGUGUCUCAACAAUUAGCUGCUGUAGCAGAAAAUCGUGAUAGCCUGCAGAAUGAAUUGGUUGGUGUAUAUAAAACAGCUGACAAAGCUUCAAAUGAUUUAAAAGAAGAGAAGGAGCGAGUUGCUUCUCUUAAGAAAGAACUUCAAUCUCUGGAGAAGCACAUUUCAGAGAACAAGAAGUCCCGGAAGCCUCUUGAGACAGACCUAGAAGAGGCUACAAAAUCACUUGAUGAGAUGAACCGAAAUGCAUUAGUACUUUCCAAAGAGUUAGAGAAGGCUAAUUCUCUAGUUUCUAACCUUGAAGAUGAAAAAGAGGUGUUUUACAAGUCCCUAACGGAGCAAAAAAUUGCAACAAAAGAGGCCCGUGAAAACAUGGAAGAUGCCCAUAAUCUUGUAAUGAAACUUGGCAAGGAAAGGGAGAGUCUGGAGAAGAAAGCAAAGAAAAUGGAAGAAGAAUUGGCAUCUGCCAAGGGUGAAAUAUUGCGGCUGCGGAGUAAAAUAAAGUCUUCAAAAGAUCUUGUAAAUAAAGAGAAACCACAGAAAGCUGAGGCUGAAGGUACUGUCACUGUUACUGCAAAGAGAGGUAGGAGGAGAAAGGCUCCUGUUGAAUCAGAGUGAAGUACUUUUACGGUCCUGAUUAUAUUUCCCUGUCAUGCUGGGUAUUCUUUUAUCAUACCUAUGUCUGCCUUUCUUCUUCACUAAUGAAAUUCUUUCCCAGAACUGUUGAAUCAUUGGAAUGAGGCUGUAGGAGGCGAAAUAUGGUUUCUUUGUAACAAAUGUUGCAUAUGAAACCUCAGUUAUCUCUACUUGUGCAGUGUAUAGUAGGUUUCAUAUCAGUUGUAGAACAUAGUGGAUUGGCAGUACAAUCUAAAUUUUCCUACGGAAUUGUCUUUGUAUAUGCAUUACUCAAGUCCAAUUGCAAAUUUUCUUUCAGCUGUCAUG